CCGGUGCUGCACAUCUUCGGGCAGCAGCCCCUGGAUGUCAGGCGCUGUGCAGAGGCGUUCCGGGAGCUCUAUCCCGAGCGGCAGAGCCGCGUGGUAGUGCUGAGCGAUGUGGUCUAUGCCCAUGCAAUGGGUGAGCUGGAGCAGCAUUUGUGCCCGGAGUACCCCAACAUCAUCUUCUCCAGGGUGGUGUGUGGAGACCCUGCUGGCCCCACACUGCCCAGGGAGGAGCGCAGGUUUGGUCGCCAGUUCCUUGUGGAGGCUCCAGAAGGGCUGCAGGACUAUGCCAUGUUCUAUGUGGGAGCUGAGGGCCUUGCCCUCACCAGCUUCAUGCUGACCUGGAACCGCUGCCCCUUCAGCUCCUUCAACCCCACCACUGGCUGUGGCCGCCGCGAGACCCUCAAUGUCAACCGGGCCCUGAUGCGCCGCCUGUACCUGGUGGAACGUGCCCGUGACGCGCGCGUGGUGGGAGUGCUGGUGGGCACCCUCGGUGUGCUGGGAUACCUGUCCGUGCUGCAGCACCUGCGGGAGCUGCUGCGCCACGCUGGCAAGCGCAGCUAUACACUGGCCGUGGGGAAGCCAAACCCUGCCAAGCUGGCCAACUUCCAGGAGGUGGACAUCUUUGUCCUGGUGGCCUGUGCUCAGAACUCCCUGCUGGACUCCAGUGACUUCUACCGAACCAUUGUGACGCCUUAUGAGCUAGGGAACUACUUCACUGACUUCCGAGACCUGCUGCCAGGUGCCUGUGCACAUGUUGAGCUCCCACCGUCUGUCCCAGCAGUGGAGGCUGUUCCCGACAUCUCACUGAUCACAGGGGAGAUGCGUUCUACCCACCUCUGUGACCCCCCGACCUCCCAGCUGCCCCCCAACACUGCCCUGGCCUGCAGGGACCAGACACGAGCCCUCGCAGAGAUCAGCCCUGCUGCCUCCUUCCUGGAGUCCCGCAGCUGGCGAGGCCUGGAGCAGCAGCUGGGACAGACGCCUGUCUCCAAGGCUGUGCAGGGCCGACGAGGGAUUGCCAUUGCAUAUGAAGACGAAGGGUGUGAGCAGCCCUGA